AUGUCCUCGUCGACUUCAGUGCCUUCCCAAGUGACCAUUUCAAAUCGCAUAAUCAGUGCAAAUCUCAAUGGAACAAUGAUCCUCACGUUCUUGAUGGGAUUUUAUACUCUCGUGUACUUUGGGACCAUGUAUCUGUAUCUGUCCCGGAAGCCCGCGAAUACGAAUAGCCGCAUUGUUCUCGUUACAAUCUCCGUGCUAUACUUUCUGUCGUUUUUGGGCUUCAUUGUACAAUGGUACUUUACUGAUUGGUCGGUCGUCAUACACGGAGAGACGCGAGAAUCUAUGUUCUGGGCGUUGAUGAACCUACCGCUGUGGAUUGGAAUAAUCAACAAUAUUCAACUGAAUGCACUCUUCGUUAUCUCCGAUGGACUACUUAUCUGGAGGUGUUACCAUGUAUGGGGACAAUCCUUCAAGGUCAUCUUUGCUCCAUUGGUACUCUUAGCUACCGAAUUUUGCCUCGCUGUUGCAGCUGUUGCCUUACAAAUCAUGUAUGGCCAUAUUGCUAGCGAAGUGGCAAAUGUCGCGCUCGAGAACCACAUGUCUAGUGCUGCAGUUUUCGUGUCACUCGGUACCACCCUCAUCACGACGUUUCUCAUCGGAUACCGGAUACAUACUGCGUCGUUGCUGAAUAAGUCUCCUUCUCAGAAGCUUUACAACCGUAUCGUUGUGACAAUCAUCGAGUCUUCUGCGGUUUAUUCUUUGGUUCUUCUUGCCUUUGCCAUCACUCUAGUCAUCCGUGUCCCGGAGAACUCACAGUCAUUGCUUACUGAAGCUACAUACUACAGUGAGGCAGUCCUGCUAGUGGUUACAGGAAUGGCCCCAACGGUCAUGGUAGCUAGAAUCGCUCUGACCAACCCCAGUGCUCUCGCUCCUUCCGCUACUUCCCACAUAUCGGGACUGGCGUUCCAGUCAGACCAAGAGUGGGAGCAAAGCCACUGUGGGGAAUACACAAAUGGCAACCUUAGUAACACCGUCCACACAGACCUUAAGAGCCAAUCCCCGAUCAUUGACUUCAAAAAAACAACUGAAUCGCAGGGUCUAGAUGUCACUGAAGUUUGA